ACAUGAUAGUGAGAUAUCGUGGGAUAUUCUGUGGACACGGACACAAACGGAGGGUGAUCCAGAAUGAACAGGGCAGUCGCCACCUGCUGUAUAUUUCUCCUGCUAUCAGCUUUCCUGUGCGAUCAGGUGAUGUCCAAGGGUGGCAGAGGAGGUGCCAGGGGUUCAGCACGGGGCACUGCUCGAGGUGGCCGGACGUCCCGCGCAAGAGGCUCCCCCGCUGUACGGGUCGCAGGGGCUGCGGCAGCUGGAGCAGCAGUGGCACUCGGAGCUGGAGGGUGGUACGCAUCAGCUCAGCGUCGCCCGGACGACAGCUCAGAACGUGGAGAUGACUAUUACAGUAACAGAACAAACUGGGAGCUUUACCUCGCCAGGACAUCAGGCGCAACAGUGCACGACUCCACCAUCACCAGACUUUCAGCUCUGCUUUUACCAAUAAACUACAUGAUGCACUUUGCCCCUUGAGGCAAACAGCUUAAUAAGCUGCUUAUAUAUGUUACUGUGCAACACCCAUGUUUAAAAAUGUGUACUUUGUUGCACUCGAAGACAAACGAAAGAUUAAAAAUCCUCUGUUUAGUUAAGUAGACAUUUAAGAAAUAGGAUCGGAAGGGUUAGACUGCUUAGUUCGCUUCAACAGGAGCAUUAGUAACUAUAAACCUAUAGUCUGCUUGAAUUAUGCUGGUUACAUCUCGUCCUGGAUGGCAAAAAUACUAAAGUGUUACUGCUGAAGAAGCACCACUGUCUUUGAGAUUUACACAAACAAACAUUUUAUAUGAAUCUUUGUCUGUUAUAUUUAAAAUAUUUUGUUGCUGUAACACAUUUAGAUGAUAAAAAAAAAAAAAAAAACACUGUAUGUCUUUCUGUACCUGUACUUCCACUGCGGAGGUGUGUAAAUGUCCUGUUUAUAAAUUCCUACUUUAGUCAUACUUUGAUGUAUUAAAACAAUUUUGUAUUUCUCUAGUAGGGAAUUUUGAUAACCUGUAAACUAAUGUGAAUACUGUAUGUAUUAAGUGUUUAAUAAGCUGUGAAAUUAAAUGUUUUAGUAUAUAUACUGUAUAUUUAGAGAGAGAGAAACACUAUAAAUGUUCUUUUUGCCAGCCGUUAGAUAUAUUCAAGAUAUAAUUUUAGAAAUAAAAGCAAACACGUGCCAAGUAUUCCAUAUAGUAAUAUGAAUGAGAACUGUGAAAGAAAAAGAGUCAAAUGAAGUAUUUUUGUGUUGCCAGUUCCAGUUUGGUUGUAAUCUUUGUGUGCUCACAAGAUAUCAAAGCUGUUCAAUUGAGACUGAAUAAUGUAUUGUAACUUAUGCAGUAAUCAAAAAAGAAUAUAUUCAAUGCACUUUUUCUAAUAACUACACAAUAAAAGCAAAGAUGUGUCAAAGA